AUGGCAUUCAUAACGCCAACAGAAGUUGAGCAAGGCAACGAGACAGUGGCUGAUGUUGUGAACGUGACCAUAAUCAGCACACCGAUUAUUCUAGAUAUAGCGCAUCCUAUCAUUUCGGUCGAAUCACUCUAUGAGAACUCACGUGAAAGAGUGUACAAUUGGAUGGAUGAGCCCAAUAACGACAUGAUGGUAAGAUCGGCGUUAAUGGGCGCUUUUUCAGCAGUCGUAAGCGUAUUUCUGAUGUACCUCAUCUACUCAAUACUGUGUAAGUGUCGUUCUCGAAAACGUCAACGUAAAAUAGACACAAUCGCCAACGAAUUGAAUGAUCCAAAAAAUCCGUUCAGCCUGAAAGAUGACGAUGGCUCUGAUGCAGAUCUCAUAUGA